AUGCCCUUUGCAAGUCUUCGGCGGCGGACUGCCGCCGAUGGGGAACGAACCAACCUGCAGGACAAACAGACGACUCCAUCUGCGUCGGUCAGGGGACGUUCCAUCACUCUUCCUACCAUUUCUCCUCGCAAGAGCUUCUCGUCCAUGUUGGGCUCGGCUAAACGAGGACGGUCCGGAACACCUUCUCCGGAGAAGUCGGACCUGGACGUCCUCGAGCAAGAUCUAUACCCCGAAUAUGAUUCUUCCAACCCUGAUCACAACCCUCCAACAGCUCCUCGAACUCCUCCAGUCGACAAGCCGAGGCGCUUUCGACGAGCCCCAAGUCCGCACCCCCUCAAGGGAUCGAUGAGCUCGAUGACUUCAAGGUUGUCCAGGAUGAAUCGUGGUGCACUGCAUAAGACACGUUCACAAUCUUGCUUGACCCAGACGUCGCCGCCGAAAUCCUUCUUUGAAACGUUGGCGGACGCCAUCAGGGCUCCAGCAACAUUCUUCUACAAGGAAAACAAACCCAGCCCCGAAUCUGAGGGAGCGAACCUCUGCGCCAGCGAGCCAACACAAAGCCGUAGUGCCAGCCCGAAGAAAUCAGUCCGAUUCAGACCGGGAAAAUCUUUCAUCGAGCCGGAACCGAGAUCCUCCCCAAUAGAUAUUCCCAAGCCGACUCCGUCUUUGCCCCCAGUCCAACUGGCGUCUACUCCUAUACAACAAUGCUUUGAAAAGGUCCCAUCAGAUCCCGUACCUACUGCGAGACCUCCAGAGCCGCAGAUAUUGAAAUCCCCUGCCACGUUCCGUCAGGCCAUCGCAGCAACAGACCCCUCUGCCAUUCUGAAGGAUUUUGAAAAGAGCGAAGGAGGUCGAGCCCCGCUGUCUGGUCUUUCUGCUCCACUCCACGAGUCGAGCUCUGCCAUUCAGAAUCCUUUCGAAGAUCCUGUCGGCGCAGCAGACCAUCAAGCCACAAACGACAUGCUCGAAGAGGAUGCUGGCAGCUACAUGCCGCCACAGGCCUCCCGCAUUCGGGGAGCCGUUGCUGAACAGCGCCUCAACGUAAGUGAAGCGAGCAGUCGACGACUGAUCAACUCGGACACAACCUCAGCAGUGGCCUGGAUUCGGGCGCACGACGAUUUCGAGCGAGCAACGAGCGCAGCUCAUGAUAACUUCGCAUCGCACAGUAUCUCUCCGAGUGGGAGCGAAAUGCCAUCGUUCUCUCAUGUCGAAUAUGCACGAGACAACCACUCUGCUCUGCCCUUGACUGCCAUUGACCCAGAUCGCUUGUCCUCGGGUCCUGAAACCCCCUCGUUACGCAGUCCUCCUGAUAUCGGAAGCUCGACAAAUAUCCCGGACUCCAAUAACCCACUUUUUCAAGUGUCAACUCAGACGACUGACGAAGCGCAAGGGUCGUUGUCGAUGCACCCAAAUGACAGCAGCAACGACUGGAGCCAGGAGCCAAGCCGUGCAGACAUACCGGAAGGCUUCAAACAAUCCAUGUUGAUAUUGUCGUCACCCCUUGACCAGGCAGCCUUGAUGCAUGACUCAGAGUCUCAGUCGAUGCAUACAAACUUCCCCGAAGUAGCCCCCGGUGGUUUGCCUUUGUCAACAAUGGAACGUCAACAAUCAAACAUCACAUGUACACCUUCGCCUGAAAGCGAAUCGCGGCCGGCGGCACGGGCUACCCAGAGCAAGAAGGCUUUGUGGCAAGGAAAUGAACCGGCAGUGACAACGGAGCCCGAAUGUGUGGACAUGCCAUCGAAAGCACCUCGGGGUUUGGUACCAGCUACAUCUGUACACCCAGGGAGCUCUUGGACCGCCGAGCUUGCCUUGAGAGGCAGUAAACCCUACACAACUCCACUUCAGAGUCCGCAGCCUUCUCAGCCACAGACAGUCGUUGCUGAUAUUGCAAGGCAAGAUUCAAAGGAAUCAGUGACUGGAAACCCCUCAUUAAGUCGUGAGAAGGUUGUUGAUCCGUAUCCUCAAGGCCACUAA